AUGUUAAAUAAAAAUGAAAUAAAACUAGGUCUAGUUCGAUUUAUAGAUAAUAUAAGUUAUUGUUACAAUACUUUUUUAAGUAUUAUAUUUUAUUAUAUUUUUAGUCAACAAAAAUUACAUGUUCAUAAACCAUUUAAUGGUUACCAUCCGGCGAUUUUGAUCACAGGAACUUCGGUGGGGAUCGGACAUGAUGCAGCUUUAACACUGGCAAAGAAAGGAUAUACAGUAUUUGCAACAGUUCGUAAACAAAAGGAUUUGGAAGAUUUAAAGAAAAAAUUUGAAGAAUCAAUUGAUGAUGGCGGUGAUGGUAGCGAUGGUGGUGAUGGUGGUGAUGGUGAUAAUGACAAUAAUAAUCGUGGUCGACUUAUUCCUGUGAUUAUGGAUGUUACAAAGAAAAAAGAUAUUGAUGAUGUUUUUGAUAAAGUAAAAGAAGAAAUUGAAAAAGAACGCAUACCAUUUGUUGGAUUAAUUAACAACGCAUGUUUAGCUGUUUAUUUGCCAAUCGAUAUGACAAAUGACGAUUGCUUUAAAGGUAUUUUUGAAAUCAAUGUUAUGGGUGCUAUCAACGUUACAAAGAAAUUCAUGCCAUUGUUGAGAAAAAGUCAUGGUAGAGUUAUUAAUCUUGGUAGCAUGGCUUCUUGGAGUGGUUCACCUACGAUGGGAAUGUAUUCUGCUUCAAAAGCUGCUAUCAGGUCUUUAACAAGUAUUUGGAGAAUGGAAUGUCGUCCAUUGGGUGCUGUUGUUACACGUUUAACCGAACGACAAGCAUCUAUUUGGAAGGAUUUUACAGAUUUCAAUUCGUUAUCAUCGUCACCAUCAUCGUCAGAAAUCAAUUCAAAAUAUUUCGAUCCAAAACAUGAUAUGUCAUCAAAUGAGCUUUCAAUAUACGAGAAUGCCAAUAGGAUGAUUGCUAAAUUAUCAGGUGAUUUUGUGUCAAAUGCUAUUCCACCUUUUGUCGUGACUGAUGCCAUCAUACACGCGUUAUCUUCACCAUAUCCAAAGAACACAUAUUAUGUUGGUUUAGAUUCUAGAAUUGUUGCUGGUUUGAUUUGGCUAUUAGGUGACAGAAUUGUUGAAGCUGUCAUCGUUAGAGCUUUAAAUAAUAACGUUACACAAUAG